UCGAAUUUGUGUUUUACUACAUAGCCAUAUGGAGUCCAAAAAAUUUAUAAAAGAAAAGUCUAUCUGUAAAUCUGGCUUAAUGAAAUUGCCAUUUUAUAUUCCUUACAUUGAUUUUGUACCCGGAAAAUCUAUACAAAUUACAGUUGAAUUGGAUAGCAGUAAUAAUAUGGAUGUAGAUUAUAUUAUUAGAAUAAGAGCGGAAAGAAUAUGGAAAAUUAUAGCUAAUACGUCUUCCAAGUCUAAAAAAUCAAAUAUUGUUAAAAAAAUAAUGGUGUUAAAUUGUGUUGAAAAACACACUUCAAUAACACUCAUGGUACAAAUUCAAAUUCCAAAAAGUCCGAGGAUAAUUAAUUUUAAAUAUUGCGGUGUUAUAACUGAUACAUUUACUCUACAUGUUGAGGUGUUCAAGAUAUAGCGUACGUAUAUAAUAACAUAAUCGUGAGUAAUGUGCCAUUAACAACAGUUGAGUUAAUUUUGGUUCCUGCUCAACAAGUAGUUCAAAGCAACCAAAAAUAUUUCGUGCUACGAUAUAAUAAAAUAAGUCAAUUUCAAACGAAAAAGUUUACUGUUAUUGAAUCAUCUGUAUAUUCAGAUCUAGGUGGUACCCUUUAAUUAUUUUAAAAAAUUAAAUGAUUACACUAUAAAUAAAAUGAUCUUCAAACGUUAAUUAUAAUAAAACGACAAUUUUUUAAUCAAUAGAAAUAAAAAACUAUGUAUGUAGGUUUAUAGUUUACCUGCUAAUUUUUUAAAAUUAUAAUAUAUGUAGACAUCUAAAAAAAAAAUGUUUAUAAAUAAAGCAAUAUUAUAAUAUAUGUACUAUAGUUAUAUUUAAAAACAGCAAACCAAAAGUAUAGCCGCUAUACUAUAGCGUAAUUAAAUGCGUAUUUCAAAAGAUUGAUUUUGGUACUCGGUCGAUGAUCCAAGCUUAUGACGAUAUCAAGUCUGCGUGAAAUACAAUUUUUUAGCUUAGUUCAAGAUUAUCUAACAAUUGUUUCUCUCUUAUAAUUUGAACAAAAUUUGAUUUUCAAUAGUGGUUUUUGAAUAUGGUUCAUUAUUUUUAUAAUUGAUUAAACGGUU